CGUAAAGACCCCACGAUUUGCCUUCUCCGCUUCUCUUCAUUACUACGAGUGGGUAUCCAUCUUCCGAUCUCAGAAGCAGCAGCAUAGCAGCAAAGCAAAGAUGUGUGGCGGCGCCAUCAUCUCGGACUUCACCCCCCCGCGCAACCACAUCCGCCGCCGCCGCCCCGACCACCUCCUCUCCGCCUCAGACCUCUGGCCCGAGUCCUUUCAGGAUAAAGCAGCGCCUCGGAAGCGGGAGCGGAAGAACCUGUACAGGGGGAUACGGCGGCGGCCGUGGGGGAAGUGGGCGGCGGAGAUCCGUGACCCGGCGAAGGGCGUCCGUGUCUGGCUCGGCACCUUCACCACCGCCGAGGAAGCCGCCCGCGCCUACGACCGCGCCGCCCGCCGCAUCCGUGGCAGGAAGGCCAGGGUCAACUUCCCCAACGAGGUGGAGCCCAAGCAAGUCUCCGUCGCUCUCGUCGAACCCAAGCCGGAAGGCGAUGGCGACGGCGAGGUGAGGAGGCUCUCGGAGGAGCUGAUGGCUUACGAGUCGUCCAUGAACUUCUUCGGUAUACCAUACAUGGAGGGCGGAGCCGCAGCUACGGCGCCGGUGGCAACAGAUGAGGUUGUGACAGGGAAUAUUGGGAUUGAGGCGUGCGAUCCACCGGUCUCUUCAGGAAUGGAAAUGCUUUGGAGCUUCGACGACAUCCUUCCAAACUAAUUGCUUUCCUCUCUUCAAUGGUUGUGUUGGACAUCGACGCUUGUGCAUACGCAACUUCUUCGUAUGUUGUUUAGUAGCUUCAUUAAGAGUGUAGUGUAGGAGUUUAGCCUCCAGUUCAUGUUACUUUGCCCUAAUUGUUAUAUGUAUCUAAUACUCUGCUGUUUGAUCUUCCACCUUUGCCAAGUUAAGGAACUGUUUUAUGUGUUGAAGGAA